UUGUAAAUACGCGUGCCGCGUGUGGCCGCGUGUGCGUGUGAUGCGGGUUCAUGUGGGUGUAUGGGGUGCAUAAGUGGGUCUCAGCGGGUCUCAGUCUGGGUCUAUGGGCCUCGAGUUAGAGUGGGUCCACAUGUUUACCGACGGUGGAAGUUAAUCAUGCUUUUGGGUUGUUGACAUCCAUGGCUUAGUUAGCUUAUGGGUCUGACUGGAGUGUGAAGGAAUUCAGAUAUUGAAUGUGUUUUUGAUGUUUUACUAUAGAAAUGGCAAAACGCAAUCAUGGAAAGAAGGCAAACAAGAUCAAGGAUCCUUAUGCGAUUAGGAGAGAAAGAGAGCGGGGGCAGAUUUUCAACAAGAAGCCAGCGGACCCGGAUGAUGAGUUUGUACCGAAGAAGGUGCAGUCCAUGAUGAGCCUGGUGGACCGCAUCGCCAAUGGAGAAAAGGUCACCAGCCGGCCCCGGAAAAGGAAACAUUUGAGUAACGGCCGCGUCUCGUCGCGGGACUUUGUGCGCCCGGAGGCGGCCGAGAGGGGCAUGACGCGGCCGCUGAAGCCGAUCCCGCUGUUCGAGCAGGGGCCCGGCGAGUCGGACGGCCGAUUCCUGCGCCGCGUGGAGAAGCUGACCAAGGAACGUAUCCACCAGUCGCGAUUUGAAGACAAGUAUAAUGUGGAUAUCAUGCCCGAUCCAGAAACCGGCCAAACAAAAAUGAUCAGCCGAGAAAGUGACAACGAAAAGAAGCGGAACAAAAAAAGGAGGGUAGGGGAGGAUGGAGAGGAAAUUCCCAAGAAGAUUAACAGAAAGAAGGCGAUGAAGCUAAAAAGAAAGGAAAAGCUUGCGGAGAAAAAGGACGCCUUUGCCCACCUGAGUGACCGGGUGCAGUUCGGUGACGUGGUCCAGAGGCCGCCGGAGCUCAAGGUGGCGCCCAAGAAGGCACCGGUAGAUGACGAGCGGUCCAGGCCGGGCCGCAAGUCGCUGCUGCUCAAGCGGCUGUUUACGGACGCCCAGGCGGGCGCGCGCAGCUCGACGGCGCCCAAGUCGCUGCACCAGCGGGCGGCGCUGGAGGAGGAGCGGCAGCGCGUGGUGGCCGCCUACCGGCAGCUGCGGCAGCAGAAGAUCGAGCGAGCGGCCGCCGCCGCCGGCCGGCUCUGAGCACCGCCGCGCCCGGAGGGCCACAGCAGCCGAAACCACGCCGCACCAGCACGGACACAUUCCGCAGCCGUGCCACGACUGAGGAGCUCAGCCCGGAAGGUUUGCCUUCGCCAUGGGUCCCGGGUUCGAUGGUCUGUCCGUGUCGGAGCGAUCUAUAUGACCGAGGGGCGGUGUUUUAUGUCCGAUAUGGUGCAGUGUUGAUGCGUGACCAGGUUUUGGUCGGUUGUUUUCGCCCUGGGAUUAUAAACCCGUGGCAGUGUAGUUCGUGGUCCUGAGUUGGCCCAUACAAAACUGCUGUGAUGAUUAAUGUUUUUGUUUUUCAUGCAUCGAUUUCCAGGUACUCUGUGCAUUUAUGACGUAAAUAAAUGCACGGUAACAA